AUGUGCUGCAGCGACGUGCACUUCUUAAGUAAAGGGAGUGAAUUUAAAGAAUUUAAACGAGCAACAUCACAUAUAAGAGAAUGGCAGGAGACCUUCUGCCAGCAGGAAGCCUCGAAGAGCCCGGGGCUUCUGUCAGUGACACAUGAGAGCCGACCUCUGACAAGAAGACAUUCAUCUCCUUUCACCUGUUGGCACCUGCUGUCUCCUGGCACGUGUGUGGUGCAGAUAGUGGAGGUGAUACUGAAUGGGAUGGUUCUCAUGUGUAUCGUGGCUUCCUACUUUGUCCUGGCUGGAUUCAGCGCCAGCUUUGCCAGUGGCGGCGGCUUCGGGAACAACUAUUACUCACCGUUUGAGGGCACGGAGCUGGAGCAGGUCCGGCAGCUGGACCAGCAGUACACAGUCCUCCGGGCGCCCCUGAUCUACGGCGGCGUGGCGGUGUCCCUGGGGCUGGGCGUCCUCACCAUGGGUGUGCUACUCCAAGGAGCCAAGAGUCUCACCAAACUGCCAAGGAGGUGGCUCGUCCUGGAGGCCGCCUUCAGCCUCCUGGCCGCAGUGGGCUACUGCACGGGCAUCGGCGUUUUCCUCCACGUGGCCCUGCGGAUCAAUGCCACAGACACUUGCAAAAGGAGAGAGAGGCUCUAUGCCCGCAAAGGCCUCACCUGGAUGAACUGCCAGCUGGCAGGCACUGACGGGGCAGCGGCCACCUUUGCUUGUCUUCUGGUGAUAAUGUACGGAGUCAGCGUGGUGCUGGCCCUCCGGAGCUACCGAGAACAGAAGCUCUACAAAGACAGCCGAGAGCAGCACAGAAACUACAGUGAGGGACCGGAGUACCUGUGGUCCGGAACACUCUAGGUCUCCUUCUCAGAACCCGAAUGUCAGCCCGCCUCCCUGGCUCCUCUCAGAAAGAGGAGUCCUUUAAAAUCGCACAGUUGACAGCUGGUGUUUUCACACACAGGAUUUUAUAAAUGUUCGCUUUGGUACUGAUGCAAAGCUAGAUGGCCAUCUCAUUUUUCUGUCAGGGAGCUUUUCAAGCUCAAAGCUUGGGGGAAAAAAAAAUCUCCCCCACCUUUGCUACAAAGAACAUCAGAAGUUUGGAUAUGCACUUAUGGUCUGGCUCCCUCACCACAUGGUAAGGUGAUGAUGAUGGCUAAGUAGCCAGAGAGAUUCUGAAAGUUGAGAACUGUACAUCAGGGGUGGCGUGCCCAGUGUUAUAGUUGAACUAUCUUACCUGUCUCAACUAUUGAAAUUCACCAAAAGAAACAUGCCAUACCCCCUCCUAUUUGGUCCCAGGAGAAAGCUUUUAAAGCAAUUAUGUGACUGAGUUCUAAACGAGUCAUUCCGACCCUCUCGUAGAGGGAAACUGUACUGCCCACAGGACCGUGUACUGACUGCCUGGAUGCCAAGGAGCAAGACGGGAGCUGGAUUUCUGACACAUGAAGGGAGAUGCCUUUAGCAUGCAUGUUCCUCCUUGAGAUCCCUGUAUUAGAGCUGAGAGAAAAUGUCUUGGGUUUUAUUGCCAUCAUUCCAAGUUAGUUUCUUUUUGUUGCAAGUCAUUCAUCUGGAAUUCAGCCUUCCUGAAUAUCUUUCUGAAAUACGAGGCUCAUAUAGUGAGAAAUAAAAGUCAUACGCUUCUCACCCAGCAGGGAUAACUCAGUGGUUGAGCACUGACCUAUGGACCAGGAGGUCAUGGCUCGAUUCCCGGUCAGGGCAUAUGCCUGGGUUGAGGGCUCGAUCCCCAAGAGGGGGUGUGCAGGAAGCAGCCAAUUGAUGAUUCUCUCUCAUCACUAAUGUUUCUAUCCCUCUCUAUUUCUCUCUCUGAAAUCAAUAAAAACAUUUUUUAAAAAGU